CUGAUGCCCUUUUGAUGUAUCAGUGGGUGGUGCUCCUCUCUUUUCUUUUCUUCUUUAUUUCCUUUCUUUUCUCUUUCUCCUAACUUCUUCAUUUUCUCUAUCCCCAAAUACAAACUCUUCCAAAAAUAUUAAUAAUUAAGCUUUUUUUAAGGUUUGUUUCACCACUAGCUCUUCCAUUUCUUGAUCUUCUUUAUAUUUUCUUGGUUCUUGAUUCUUGUUUUCUUGCUUGUUUCUUGAUUUCAUGGUCUUUUAGUUUGUUUGUUUUGUUGGCUGUUUAUAGCUUGAUGGAUGAAGAUUCUAGUGGGUGGUGGUUGUCUGAUCUUGAAAAAUAGCUAGCUAAUUCUUUGGGCUGUGGUUGGCUGUGAUGGUGGUGGUGGUGGGGUUGAUUGGAAAGAGAAAUACUACAAAUUAAAUUAUAAGAGAAAAAAUUUAAGUUGUUGUUUUGUUUAUGUUUAUAUGUUGAAGUUAAAGAUAAGGCCCAGCUUUGGAAGUGGAAGCAAUAGAAUUAGUAGUAGUAGUAGAGGCUGUGAGUACUGUUUCAGAUGUUAUCCAUUGAUAAAUCUCCACCUGCAGAUCCCUCAUCUUCUUCCCAAUCUCCUCAGUUCAACUCCACAAAUAGUGAUGAGCCAGCGGUAGAUCUACCUAAGUUCUCCAUCAGAGAUUAUGUAUUUACAGCCCGGAGUAAAGAUAUCAAGAAAAACUGGCCUUUUUCUCUGGAAAAUUUGCAGCUUUGUUUAAAACAUGGCGUGAAGGACGUUUUACCACCGUUUCAGCUUCUUGAUUCAGUAAAGACUCAGUCUUUUAAGAGAUGUACGGUUGACAAGGAAAAAACAAGCAACUCAUUUGAUGAUCCCCAGUUGAAAAUUGAUGAAUCUUGCAUAGAUAUUAUAAGUUCAUGUAGAUCUGGAGAAGAGAAUGAUUUUCCAUCCACAACUACAAGUGUUUCUCAAUCUGAGAUAGAGUCAUCUGAGAAAAAACAAUCUAGCUUGCCAGCUGAGGCUCGCCGGAAAACCACGGUUGCAGUUGAAGCUGCUGGGAACAACAAGACGGAGAGCGUUUCCCGUCCGGUAGGCAAGAAGUGUAGGCUGAUAGUGAAAUUUGGCUGCAACUCGGAUCGAAACUCGGGGGAGGAUAUUGCUUCUAAUUCUACUACUGUAUCAGAAACAAUGGCUUCCAAAGUUUGCCCUGUUUGCAAAACAUUCUCAUCCUCGUCGAACACGACCUUGAAUGCUCAUAUUGAUCAGUGCCUUUCUGUGGAGUCACCACCUAAAUGGGCAGCUGAUGAUUCUAAGCUCACAAGACAUAGGAUUAAGCCGAGGAAGACGAGGUUGAUGGUAGAUAUAUAUUGUACAGCUAAACCAUGCACAUUGGAGGAGCUUGAUCGAAGAAAUGGUACGAGCUGGGCAACGAUUACGAGCUUACCUGCUCGAGAGAAUGAGAGAACUGAGAGUGGUAAUGAAGGGAAAAGGCAAAAGGUGUCGACAAAUCAUCCGGAGGAUGUUGGUGAUGUAGGGCCUGUGUAUAUUGAUGCAAAUGGUACUAAACUUAGGAUUUUAUCCAAGUUUGAUGACCAACCAUCAGGUUCUGAAGUAAGGAGAUCUUUGAAAGAAUAUAAAGAAAUGAAAAAGAAGAAGAAGAAGAAACACCUUGCUCAAAAACAUCAGAAGUAUUUGGAACUUGCUUCUCAAAGCAAGAAAUUUUUCUCUCACAAUACCCUUGGAUCUCAGAAUUCUGGAGGUGAAGACGAACGUCCGGAAGAGGAAAAAAGCUAUGAGAAACAUCUGAUGUCAAAACAGCUCAAAUCCAAUGAUUCGGGAACUUUAAGACCAUGGGUUUGCUCCAAACAAAGAGGUUUUUCUAAGAAGACUGCUAGUCAAGAGGGUCAUCAACCUGUCAGAUGUAAUUGGCAUUUGCCUCGGGAUUUGCUAGUCGAGGAUAGUCGACCAUAUUUGGGCGAUUCUCUUGCAGAGAGAACUCAUGUUAAGAAAUUUACUAAUAUAUCUUCUUCUGGAAACAAUGAGAGGACGGAGAAGUUAAUUCGUAAAAUCCAAAUUAGCGAUAAAAGGGAGCAGUUACCUGGGAAUAAACUAAUGGGAGAUCGCUUCGUGGAAGACCGGACCAGCAAGAAUCCGGAGAGCUCUUCUCCAUCAAUGAAACAAAAUUCCAACCGAUUGGGUAGAUGCGACACUUCAGCAAAUGAUACCGGUAUGUUGAGGCCUUUAAACUCUACAAGGAAUCAUGCAUCUUUGUUGAGGAAGAAGACGAUUUCAGUUCGUGAAGACUCGAUCAAUGGUUCUGGUAUUUCUUGUAUUGCUAGCUCAAAAUCGUCUAGAAGUGCUCAUGCAAUUGUAUCUAAAGCAAUGAAGUUCUCGUCUUUUAGGAGAAACAUUUCUGUCAACAACCAAUCAUCUAGGGAUGAAUCUAUGCCUAUUAAAAUUAAAAAGUGGUCAGCCCUUAAGAAGCCUCGAGUGCGCUCCAUGAAAAAGAGAAAUGAAGAGGUAGUGAAUUGGCAUUCUGAAGUUGACAAACAACAUGAAAUGAUGCUCAAUGAUGCUGAUAGUCGCGUUGAAAGGAACAAAGUGGCUGAAAUGGAUUCUCUCAAGAGAAGCACUGUCCCAGAAACUAGGCAAGCGAGAAGAUUGUCAUGCUUUCGUCAAGAGAAGGAAGGGUCAGCUUUGAGGAGCUCAAAGUCUGCAACUCAAUGUUAUGAUGAUGAAAUCCGAGUAAGUGCAGAUUCCAUUGGAGAUGAUGAUGGUUUUCGAUUGACAACUGAAUGCUUGGACUCUUCUAGAAAACAUACACAUGUCUAUAUGGAUGAGCGUUUUGUGGAACCAUCUUCCAGAAAUUGUGACAAUAGGAGGGCAGCUAGUUUGAUCAAGUCGGUAGAUUCGGAGUUUUACAACCUCAGCAAUUCCUUGAAGGUCCAAUCUAAUUAUCGAGGGUUGCUAUGUGGGAAUGAUGUUCCAGCAGGUCCGUCAGAGUCUGAUUUUAUCAGUGACCAAGAGAUGUUUUCUGCCGAUGAAGUUGGCCAUGAUUUGGCGGGACAAAAUGUUGAAAUUGAGGUGGACUUGGAUGCUGAAACGGGACAAGGAAACUCUUUUCCGGAGGUUGAUCCAAUACCUAUCCCGGGACCACCAGGGUCAUUUUUGCCGAGUCCUAGAGAUAUGGGCUCAGAAGAUUUUCAAGGGAACUCCUCCUUAACCACAAGCCGGGUUCAUUCUUCUCCGGAUCAUCAUGACGUUGUUGAUGGAGAUUCCUCGGAUUCCCCAAUGUCUGCAGCCUCUACCAUAUCCAAUCCCUCGGCAGGUAGAUCUGAAUUCAAAUAUUCAGAACCAUCAUCAUCCUUCGGACCUUAUGCUGUUCAAGACAGUAGAUCAGCAUUUGCUAGUGCCGAGCCUUCACUGCAAAAUGCAGGUUUUGUUCCAGAGUCGAUAGGUGCUGAAAUGGAAAGAACUAGUUUUGAUGGAGACUAUUUGAAACUUGAUAGGAUCUAUAUCGAGAAGGGAUCUGUCAAUUUCAAGAAUGAUAAACCAUGCUGUUGCCAAAGGAAGGAGAGAUUUAAUCACGGCGUUACUUUAAAUUACGAAGAAUCACAACUAUUAAGGCGACGAAGAAUGACUUCAGUACCUGCUAAUGGAAAGCAGACGGAUUUCAACUGCAAUCUGAUGCCUGUCGAAAUGGACGUGAGGUCCGAAUUAGCUCCGCCAAGCAAUUGCCCAAAUUCCGGAUCUGAGAAUUCUCUCCCGGUGAUUAAGCCACUGGCAAGUUCCAUUCUGUUCAAGGAUUCUCCCAAUGGUGUAGGGAGGCUUUUAGCUCGUUCGGAAUCUGAUGCUGCCAGUCCAUCUGCUUCUAAUCCUAUACUCAGGUUGAUGGGGAAGAAUUUGAUGGUUGUUAACAAUGAUGAAGAUGCAUCUGUGCCAUUUGGAGGGAGGACCGUUCAGAGUAACAAUCAGCAAACCUCUAAAUUUCCUGAUUUCUCGAGAAACUCUCCUGAUAAUAUACAGAAUCCGGACUCUCACCCGUUGCAUCACAUGUGCCCCCAACCUCCUGUCGUUUUUGGUCAGAACUCGCAUACAGCAGGAGGUCAAUGCUUUGAUGGUGGACUAUUGUCCAACAGUUAUAGAACCCAAUCUGAUUCUAGGCGGCUACCUGUGCAUGUUCGACUGCCAGCUGGCAUGUUUCAUGACCAGCGGGCAGAUUUUGGUUUUGCAACGGCCAUGGACUGUCAUGAUUAUAAUGUUUCAAGCCGACAUAAUAUGGAGAAAGUGGUAGCUACUCCUGACCGCCGCCAUUUUCAACUUUCAGCUUCCUCCUUAAGUCCGGUUAAAGAAAUCUUCAUCAUCGACAACAUUCCUGAGAGUGAAAACAAUGUGCUCCGCGAUGUUGCCAAAUACAGUGAAAGCAGGAGGGAGAGCUCGCAUCCUUAUACCUGUUAUCAGCCGCAAGAACGUUCUCCGAUGGGUGAAUCGCCAUUUCGUGCUGCCAGCUUUCAUGCAACAACCCCAACUGAGCUAGGGAGCACAUGUCCUAUUAGGUGGAGUAGCAUGUCGGAAAGUUCAAGCGUGUCGCAGCAGAGUCCUUUUACAGCUCCAUCUUCCUCACCUAAUCAUCGAAGAUCUGCGCUACACUAUUCUCCAGGUUUUUCAUAAUGUAUAUGCACCUGGUUUAAAUGGCCAGAUGGAUCCCACAGCAGAAACUAAUACCGGUUUGAUCAAUGACCGGCCGGUGGCAUAAGCUUUAGCAGUUGGGAGAACUCAGAGGGAUGCAUUUGUGAUGUAGUGGAUCAUGUUGAGUCAUAUCUUAAGCAGUUUUAAAGGGUUCUGCUUAGGCAAAUCUCAAACUUUUUUCUUCUUCUAAAGACUAGAUAAUGUAUAAGCAAAAUGUUGGAAUAAUAGUUAACAAAGGAAACUUGGCUGAAACACUAUAUAAAGAAAUUCUCACCUUUGUGUUUUAUUAUCAAUUUUAUGCCAUUUUUCUCUUUAA